AUGUCAGAACGCUUACUUUCAGAGCUCGCUUUGCUCUCUUCAGAGUCGAAGCGCAAGCAUCCUGACGUGCGAACUGCCGCAGAUGCAGCACUAAAUGCUUUGAAAUCAGACCAGUCGGUGACUCUUGCCGCAGCGAAAUCGGAGUCAAUUCGGGCAUAUGACAAUGUGCUGCUCCGGCCGCUUUUGUUAUCUUGUGCUGCAAAGACGGCUCCCAAGGUGACCAGUAUCGCUGUAGGCAUGAUGCAGCGAGUGGUAGAUUUGAAGGCGGUUCCAGAGGUGAGUCCUGCAAAUAGGCAGCAAGCAUUGUUGCCCUCCUUGGACGCGCCCAGGUCUUGACACCUUUUCCAAUCCAUAGUCGGCGCUCGCGGAAAUAAUAGACACUCUGACAGGGCUGGUUCAGACGAGGCAAGACGUCGAUGUGCACCUCAAGGCUCUGCAAGUUGUCGCUUCGCUGGUCACUUCCUAUCCGAACAUUCAUGACGACUUACUCUCGAAGACGUUAUUGAUAUGCUUCCAAAUGCGAGAAAGUAGCAAGGUGACGGCAGUAUACACGGCUGCAGGCGCCACGCUGAGUCAGGUCGUCAUGACCGUCUUCGAUAAGGUCAAAGAGGAGGACGCAAUUCUGGAUGGCAUCAAGGAGGGAGGAGAAGAUGGUGAGUCGCUGCAGAAUGUCCACGUUUCACCCUCUCCUCCUCUUAGCCUGCUGAGACUUUCUCUGCUCCUUCGAAAGCUGCUGCCGUCGCACCUUUGGCAGCGAUGACAGUUCCGGUGCCAGGGAGCGAUGGUAUCACCCUCUUCCCGAGCUCAAAAGACGCGUACAGGCUAUUGAGCGAUCUCAACGCCCUCGCAAGCGGCGACGAGGCACCUUUCCUUGGGCUGGCGUCGCUGCCACGCACAUUCGCCUUGGAACUCAUCGAGUCAAUUCUCAAGAAUCACGCGUAUCUUUUCAAGCCGGCAAACCAUCCAGAGCUGCUGUUGAGCCUGCGUCAGUCUAUCUGUCCAUUGCUCAUCAGAGCGCUCAGCGAGCAACCAGACUUUCCAGUCACCUUACGGCUAGUGCGCCUGCUAUUUGUGCUUCUUCGACAAUUCAACUCAGAGCUCAAAGUGGAGGUCGAGAUAUUGAUGAGCAUUCUGCAGCGACUUCUGUCUCAAGUGUCAUCCGCAGGGAACCCAGCUGCCCCAAAGGAUGUUCGGAGGUCGAGCGCCGAAGGCCAGCAAGCGAGUCCCGCCUGGCUCCGCAUCCUCGCAAUGGAAGCGGCUCGGGGCCUCUGCUCUGACGGUGAGCUUUUACGCAAUUUGUGGCGCUGGUACGAUGGAACCCAAGCAGCCUCGCGCGUUUUCAUGGGUCUUGUGGAAAGUCUGCACCACAUCAGCGUGGAGAACCCACAACUCAUAGGUAUGGCAGAAGCGGCGCAUCAACUUUCAGAUGAGGGCAGCAGCAAGGGUCAUGUGCACACCAAAGCAUCAAGUAGCCAGGCUGGCUUCUACAAUGCUGCAGCAGGUGCUGUGAGCGGCCUGCUUGGGACCGACUCGAGCCCGUCGUCCUCAAGCGCGUCUUCGUCAGGUUUGAGUCACGGGAGCGUUCCCUCUCUGCAGUUGCUGGAUCAGCUAGACAAGACCGAGCCACCAGCCACUCCCAACACCUAUCUUUAUUUGCUGGCCUUGCAGAGCUUGGUCUGUCUUUCCCAAACGCUAGCCGCUUUCGUCUUGCCCAUCUACUCGGCGUCUGUCAACUCGCGGCCCAAGAGCGCGUCUCGCGCACCACCAGCACUGGAUCUUGCAGCAUACAGUGGUCCCAGACUGGCCGAGCUACAGCUGGUGCGCGACAUCAUCAGCAAGGCAUGGACGCCAAUUUUGUCAAGCUUCACCUUCUUCCUCGGCUCGCGCAUGGACGAGGCCCUGUUCAGUGAAGUUCUGGUCGCUUGGCGCAACUUUACUAACACGACAGGGGUGCUGGCCCUUUCCGCCCAGCGCGACGCGCUGUUGGCGAGUUUGGCGCACUUCGCUGUGCCCAGAUCGGUCGUCAACAGGGUCGAAGAGCAUCGCAAAGCAAUGGCUCGAGCAGGUGCCAACGAGAAUUCAUCCACGAGCGCACCCACGCUGAGUGAGCGCAACGCUGCGUGCCUUAAAGCCUUCACCCAAGUUGCAUACUACUUGUCUGGCUCCUUAACUUGGCAAAGUGUGCUUUCUGUCCUGUGCGAUGCAGAAUUCGUCUUACGCGCACCACGAGCCAGGCGCUCCAAGAACGAGUCUCUUAGGGAGCCUCAGGGCGAAAUCGACGCGUUGUACUCACCUCGAGCCAGCAUGGCAUCUUUUUCGGCCCUGUCGUCUAUACCUCCCGGUUUCACCUCAGCAAGCGCCCUCGAUCCAAAAACAAGAAGGGCAGCAGCCAUGAGCAAUCUUGAGCCUGAGCAUUUGCUUGCUGAGAUUACUCGCGUGUUCGAGAAUUCGCAUGCACUCGACGACGCGGCAUUGCUUGCGUUCAUCAAAGCUCUCUGCGAGCUUUGUGCACGCACUGUCGGCUUGGAAAGACCGCCAUCAUCUCAGGCGAACGCUGGUCAAAAUCUGCGAGCUGCUUCUCGGCUCAAUCUCAAUGGCAGAAGCUUUGCAUUGGCCAACCUAGAAGCCGUAGUGCUGCAGAAUACACCUCGGUUAGCGCAUUCGGAUCCAGCGUCAGGCUGGGAUAUCAGCACGAGUCUCUACUUGUCUGUUCUGAACGAUCAACUGUUGGGGACCACGAUUCGACUCCAAGCUGCUGAAGCAUUGGACGCUUUCCUGUUUGCCGCGAUGGCGACCAUGCCUGCGUCUGCAGAGGCCUCAAUGACUCUCGCCUCGGCCAACCAAGACGACUACCCAUCACGGAUAACACGCCAGGUCAUCGAUGUCCUGGCAAAGCAAGCGAUCUUGAGCCACAAAAGAGAGAGCGCAGCAGACCUUGACAUCCGGCGCACUGGUCUGGAUACGCUUCUCCGCGUGCUCGAGGCACACGGACACGGCCUUCGUCUUGGCUGGGAAACCAUCUUUGAGAUGUGCAGCGCUGCUUGUGGUCACCAAAAUGCAGGAAGUACCUCUCUGCAAGACGCUGAUAAGCCUCCAGAACUACCCAAAAAGUCUGCCGUGCCCCUCAUAAAAGCUGCCUUCCCAAGCUUGCAGUUGGUCUGCUCUGACUUGCUGGCGCUGCUAACGCCUCCGCAGCUGGAGAUAAGCAUAGGAUGCUUGACAACCUUCAGCACGCAACAUGAAGAAGUCAAUGUCGCCUUGACUGCCAACAAUACUCUGUGGGGCAUCACUGCGGAGCUCUCCGCGCGUGGCGAGAGAGCUGCAGGAGUUGGGACUAUUCCGGACGAAUUGACGGCACAGUGGAUGUUCUUGCUGCGAUCGCUUUUGCGCGUUUCGCGCGACGAUCGGUCGGAGGUCCGCAACGGUGCCAUCGUCAAUCUAUUUCGCGUCCUCGAGCAGUACGGUUCAAUGCUGACUCCGACAACGUGGUCUCAAGCAGUGAUGGCUGAGGUGGUGUACACCUUGUUUGACGACUUGGACGCGGAGACCAAGCGACUCACUGAGCUCUCGGACUCGAUCGAAAAGGCAAAAGUCGAUCAGGCUGAUGAAACGGCGGCAACAAUGGGCACUCUCCCAUCCAUAAAGAAGCAAUGGGACGAGAGCCGAGUUCUGGCUCUGGAAAAUUUCGGAAGGGUGCUUUCCCAGUUCCUCGUUUCGAAAAUCGCCGCUGUUGGUCAAGCAGACUUUCAGCCAACCUGGACCCGAGCCUUGCGUCUCCUACGAACAAACUUUCUGGCGGGCCCGAGUGCAAUUUCACAGGCUGCUGGGGAGGCCUGGGUCCUCGCGGCUAGCGUGCCAUUGCCGCCCAAAAGUGAGGCGGGGUUGACGGAAGUCUUGCUGUACGCCAAGAACGCUGCCUGGCAGGUUUGGGCUGCAGCGGGCGACUCUAUCCGUCCUGCACCGACGGUCUCUACCUUUACGCAAGCCAACUUGCUCGCGUAUCUGCACGUACUGGCACCGAUUUAUGCUGACAUCGGAGAGACUUUCGAUUUGGAACAGCAUGGGAAGCUGCUCGAUGUUCUGAUGACUUGCGUCACCUACACCGGAAGCCCAGAUCAUACUCAAGACAUCGACGCGCUUACUCCGCUUCAGACGCUUGUGCGUCAGACGAUUAGCUCCCUCAAGAUAGUGCCGGGGCUUGCAUCUCGAAUCUUGUCGGAUCUUGCCGAGUACUCGACGCUCGCUUUCACACUAGGCACAAGCCCAGUGCGAGAAAGCUCAGCGUCUGCUCACAAACGUCCCAGCCGGACAACAUUCGUCGCUUUGUGCAAAGCUGCUACCGAGGAUGUUCUCAACACCUUCUCGCGCUUCUCAUCUAGUCAAGAAAUUUUUGCGAGUGGAGCUCUCGAGAACACGUUCAGUCGUUUACUGGUACCUCUCAAGCUCAAGUAUGAGUGUCCGCCUGCAAGCCGACAUGCCAAGCCUCGGGCUGCACCCCUCUGGCAGACGGCCACGAUCACGUUCUGCCGCAUUGCUCAAGGUACAUGCUUGGCGUUGAGGCGCGAGGGUGACGCGCUCUCUAAUCAAGCGGUCCAUGGCAUCUGGAAACAUAUGCUUGCAACAUUUGAAGGCGCCUUUGACGCGGAUUGGUGAGUUUAUUACGCGAAGCUGGAGUGCUCGCGCAAGGAAAGCUGACGAAUGGCCGUUCCUACCACAGUUCAGCUGCCCGACUUUUGUCCAUGACCGAAGCCGCAGAGCACGAAAGCAUCGACUUGGUCCUUCUCAGCACUCUAGAAGUCGAUGUGCUACCGUUCCUCGGUGAUGCUCGUGUGCCUGCAUAUCUGAUUGCAAGUCUGGCAUUUGGCUUGGCUCGAGCGUCCAGCCUUUACCAGCUGGAUCGCGAUCUAGCGGCGCCUUAUAGCGCUCGGACAGAUAGCGCCUUGCUGUCUGCCUCUCACCUUCAUGCGGAGAACGGCGAAUGGGCUGACGUGCCGCCCGAAGGAACUGUGGCGCCCAUCAUUGGUACGCCGCGCGAGCAUUUCGCGUACUGGGCAUUUGAUCUCCUUUUCCUGAUGUGCUCGAAUGGAUGGCAAGGUGAGUGCCCCCAUAUCUUGACAAGAGCAGUGCAAUCGAGAUCUGACCCUGUCCCGACCUGGCACAUGCUCGCUAUUGCGCAGAUCGAGUGGAGGAGCGCAAACGCGUGGCAACGUUGGCGUUACCCGCUCUCGUGAAAAGGACGUCGCUGGCGCUUCAGUCUUUUGCUGCGAACGCGCCUCUUCGAGGCAGCUCACCACCUCCACGGAUACAAUCAGAGGAGCUGUCUUACGUCUUGAGCUCCAUGUUGGAUCUACAUCUGUGGCCCGGUAGCCUGUUGGCUGCAAAGACUUUUUCAGAACACAACAGUCAGAGCUCUGACACCAUAGAGCCCACUUUGCGCUCACUGGCGCUCUCCAGUCCUCGAGCGCACUUGUUCAACAUAUACCCCACACUGGUUUCGCUGUUGACGCAGCAGGCAUCCGCCAUAGGAACGCCCGGGCCAGGAUCCGUAGCAGUUGCGGGCACCUCGCAGCCGUUGGAGGGGAUCAAGGAGGUGGCCGUGCCUGAAGGACUUUCACUGGGACGCAUUGGCAGGGCUAACCCUCUACAGAGUCCCAGACUUGAUAGAGAGGGGCCGCAAGAGCACUCUGCGUUGCUCAAGGCUUGUCUCGAUGUGGUUGGGGCGACUUGGUCCACGUAA